AUGUACAAGACAAUGCUUCCCAUUGUGGAUCUGGAAGAGGCCAUCCAUAUGACACAACUGACUGUCACUGCUACUCCACUAGACCACCCUGCACGAGCCGCCCAUUUAGAUAACCCCGGAUGUUGUUUAGACGACAGAAGCCACGAACGGGAGCUUCAGAAUCCUUCGAGGAGGCCACUUUUCUAUCCCAAAACGAGCAAGACCGCGCUCGCCCGGUGCUUUCUUGAAACGGUCGUGAGAAUAGUCAGCCUGACGUAUGUUGCGGCUGAGAAACUCCGCAUGGAGAUUAUGGAGACUCGCAGGAUAAAGCUCGAGGAGAACCAUCCCGGCACGUUGACGGAUAUUGCCUCAUCUCGCUUUCACCUACAAUUUUCACGCCGUGGCAUUGAAGCUAUCACAUGGGCAGAUUUGUCACGGCUUGCUUAG